AUGGUGCGAAAUGAUCGACAAGAGUUUUGCCUAUCGCCAUUACCAGUAGUGAAGAGUAAUCAUGCGAGAAAUAAAAGUUCUCGUAUGUCCGUGUAUGAACGACCGCCAACAGCGAUUGUAUCACUAAAACAAUCUUCGACAGAAGAAAAUCGACGUCUUCUAUUAGAAAAUGAUAUGCUUGAUGCCCAUGGGAAAGGUUUGAGAACAUGCCGCCUGUGGCAAUUAUUAUUAAUACUUAAUGUUACGAUCAUUUUAAUAACUGUUAUCCUUGUUAUUUUACUCCUUUUCAUCAUUGGACCUCUUUCUCCCUAUCAAACAUAUGGUCAGUCGUGUCGUACAGCCCCCUGUAACGUCGCUCAAGGAUUGUUUUGUAGCACAAAUUCCAUUUGUGAAUGCCCAUCACCAAGGUUUUAUUGGUCGUUUAACCAAACUGGCUGUCGAAUUUGUCCAAGUGAUUGGUCAUUUCUCAAUGGAAAAUGUAUCUUUAAGUCCACAUUUUAUUUAAAUUGGACCGACGCGUUUGCUUACUGUACAUCAUUUACUGCUCAACUGUUGACUUUAUCUCCCGCUGAACUUUAUCCGAGUUUAACAUUGGCAGAAAUAAGCAGUUUAGUAACACCGAAUACGAAUUAUUUUAUUGGCUUAUCCGAACAACCGAUUAAUUCUGGUAACUGGAAAUGGGUCGAUGGAAGUUUCUUAUCUUCAUCGUCCAUAAACUUAUUUUGCGCGAAUGGAACGAUAAACCAAUUUGAUUCUCGUCUGCGUACUUAUAUGAAUUGUGGAAUCUAUCGAAUGGAUUCGUGUUUAGCUCGGUCGACAUGUCAACGGGUCGAUAUGAAUUUCAUGUGUGAAAAGGUUUAA